AUGUCCAGUCGAAACUCGCUACCGGUUCCGUCUUCCUCUUCCUCAGUUCCUCCGCAUCUUGCUGCUCUUGCUGCUUUCUCUGACCCGCCAACGCGCCAUGUAGACGGUGCCAUGAUGGAUUACUUUCUCAUAGAGACUGUCAAUGCUUUAAGGCAAUCAUCAAAAAUUGCCCUGACUAGAGAACGAGAGCGCGAGAAAGAGAUGAUUGAAGCCGGCCUUAUACCUCCUCCUGCACUGCCUGUGAAGGACACCAAAGAUUCGGCAGUGUCUGCAAGAGAUUCCACUGGUAGUCUGGCGUCUACGAAGGGAGGUAAAGUCGCAGCAGCCGGACCAGUAGAUGAAGAGGAAGAAGCGCUCAAAGUGCGGUUAGAAACAAUUGGGAUACAUGUUGGAAGUAAUUUCUCUGAAAGAUUAUGUCGCGACCGCGGAUUAUUCACGGAAACGUUAGAUGCCAUAAAAUUCAUCUGCAAGGAUAUUUGGGCAGCGUGUUGGGACAAACAAGUGGACAAUCUGAGAACGAAUCAUCGGGGCGUCUACGUCCUCCAAGACAAUUCAUUCAAAACUAUCUCUCGGCUCUCAUCAUGGCAAGGUCGACCGGACGCUGUGAGGAAGGCGAAAGUGUACGUCUCCAUGCCUGCAGGCAUCAUCAAAGGUGCACUUGCUCGCCUGGGAUACAAUGCUACGGUAUCACCUGAAGUGACGAAUCUACCUCAAUGUACCUUCCAGGUCAAGUUACCAAAGGGAUCUUAG